AUGCCACUAAAUAAGCUCAUGAAGGGCAAGACGAGGUUCUUCGGUGUGCGGGCGAAGCCAUCCGGGCACUUCAGCGUGAAGUUCUCUGAUGUCGGCGACCGCUUCUGGCUUGGCACCUACCCCAUUGCCCAUGAGGUCAUGUGUGCCUACGACGUGGCGGUGCGGCGUGCCAAAAGGCCCGAGACGGACCUCAAAUUCUCAGAGAUCAAGACCCGGAUGGAUGCGGAGAUGUUUGUGCCGUAG